CCGCUCUGCUUUGCUCUCCGAAAUCCCAUCCGUCUCUCCUGCCCCCUCGGCGAAACCCUAGAAUCCAUCCGGCGCGGCAUGGCGGACGGCGAGGGCGGCGCGGACGGCCUGGCGGAGAGGCUCGCGGGGGCGGAGAUCGCCGCGGACGGCGGCGGCGGCGCCGGCGGUGGCGAGGAGGAGCCGAAGCUCUCGAAGAACGCCCAGAAGAAAGAGGAGAAGAGGAGGAAGCAGGAGGAGCAGCGCCGGCUCAAGGAGGAGGAGAAGAAGAGCAAGGCAGCGGUGGCUGCGGUGGCGGCCGGUGGAGCGCCCCAGCAGGCGGCGGCCGACGAUGAGGACAUGGAUCCUACUCAAUAUUAUGAGAAUAGGCUCAAGACCCUUGACGUUCUCAAGGCCGGGGGUGCUAAUCCCUAUCCGCAUAAGUUUCUAGCUAGCAUCUCUGUGCCUGGGUAUAUUGAGAAAUACAAGGGCCUUAAUGAGGGGGAGAAGCUUGCUGAUGUUACAGAGUGUCUAGCAGGGAGGAUCAUGAACAAGAGAACAUCAUCUUCUAAGCUCUUAUUUUAUGAUCUUUAUGGUGAUGGCGUGAAGGUUCAAGUAAUGGCUGAUGCCAGGACCUCGGAGUUGGAAGAUACUGAAUUCUCUAGUUUCCAUUCUGGUGUGAAGCGAGGUGAUAUUGUUGGUAUAUGUGGAAUUCCAGGAAAAAGCAAUAGAGGGGAGCUCAGUGUAUUCCCACGGAAAUUUGUUGUGCUCUCCCCUUGUCUUCAUAUGAUGCCCCGGCAGAAGAGUGAAGGAAGUGCGGUGCCUACGCAAUGGGCCCCAGGAAUGUGUAGGAAUAUCGAGAAGUAUGUAUUGAGGGACCAGGAAACUCGUUAUCGUCAACGAUACCUUGAUCUUAUGGUAAACCAUGAAGUGAGACAUAUCUUCAAGACCCGAUCCAAAAUUGUCUCGUUUAUUCGAAGGUUUCUUGAUGGGCUUGAUUUUUUGGAGGUGGAGACUCCAAUGAUGAACAUGAUUGCCGGUGGAGCCGCUGCAAGGCCUUUUGUCACACACCAUAAUGAUCUAAACAUGAAGCUUUAUAUGCGUAUUGCACCUGAGCUUUAUCUUAAGGAGUUGGUUGUUGGUGGAUUGGACCGUGUCUAUGAAAUUGGGAAGCAGUUCAGGAAUGAAGGGAUUGAUUUAACACACAAUCCUGAAUUCACAACAGUUGAGUUUUAUAUGGCGUACGCAGAUUACAAUGACUUGAUGGAGCUUACUGAAGCCAUGAUAUCUGGUAUGGUUAAGGAGCUGACUGGUGGGUAUAAGAUAAAAUAUCAUGCCAAUGGAGUUGAUAAUCCACCGAUAGAGAUUGAUUUCACGCCUCCCUUUAGAAGGAUAGACAUGAUUGAAGGAUUGGAGGCUAUGGCCAAACUGGAGAUACCAAAAGAUAUAUCGAGUGAUGAAACAAACAAGUAUCUGAUAGAUGCAUGUGCCAAGUAUGAUGUUAAAUGUCCACCUCCCCAGACAACAACACGGCUGCUUGACAAGCUAGUGGGCCAUUUCUUGGAGGAAACAUGUGUGAACCCAACAUUUAUUAUCAACCACCCAGAGAUAAUGAGUCCAUUGGCAAAGUGGCAUAGGUCCCGACCUGGGUUGACAGAAAGGUUUGAGCUCUUUGUUAACAAACACGAGGUGUGCAAUGCCUACACUGAGUUGAACGAUCCUGUUGUGCAAAGGCAACGGUUUGAGGAACAACUAAAGGAUCGUCAAUCUGGUGAUGAUGAAGCUAUGGCUUUGGACGAAACAUUCUGCACUGCCCUCGAGUAUGGACUGCCUCCGACAGGUGGUUGGGGUUUGGGAAUUGAUCGCCUUACAAUGAUGCUGACAGAUUCCCAGAACAUCAAGGAAGUUCUCCUGUUCCCGGCCAUGAAGCCCCAAGAGUAGCUGUUUGCAAACCCAUCAACAGAAGUAAUUUUGUUUGCUGCGCUGAGGCUGGAGGAUUAUGACAUGACAAUACAAGGAGUUUUAACUGUGCUGGACAAAACAUGUGUAGCAGCACUGGAGGUAUAAGCUACUUUUGCGUGGAAGGGUUGUUGAAAAUUUGAACUCCUGUUAGGGAGGAGCAGUGAGGCAUAUGAAGCAAGAAUUAGAAGGAGCCAAAGUGUGCUACAUGUUUGCUUGUUUUCUUUUUGAAAAUUUAAAAUUUAGUGCUUGGUAUUGCUAUACACUUUCUUGGAUCUCCGUGUAACACUUGCCUUGCGUCUUAUUUGUAUGGACCACUAGAGGUAGAGGUGCCUCUUCCUCUUAUGCUUGUAGCCAGGGUAUUUGUUUUGAAAGAUGGGUAGGAUGAAAGGUCCCA